GGUGAGCCAGCCGUGGGAUUUUCUCUGCGACUGUCGACGCGACGUCUUCUUGGAUAUAGCCCCCGACCCUCUUCUUGUUUUGUUAUACCGAGUACCUCAAUCUGCGUCUCGUUGAUGUAGUUCCAUGCCGAGCAACCUGCUCUUGAUCGCCCACUCUUUCCACUUAUCGUGACAAUCGAAACGCCCUCUGACCAAGCCUUGUUGUUGUGGCGAGGAUGUCGCACGUUUAACGUUGUGUACAGUCUGCCUGUGGAUUUGCUGCGCCGUUCCGGUCGCACAGGAUGCUGCUCCUAUCAACACAAUGUCGCUGAUAGCUAGCGACCAACGAGACGAUUUUACAUGCGUUGCAAUGACACUGUGAUAGACGCUGUAGUCGUGUGCAGUCUUGAUUUGCUUGUCGGCUGAGAGUUGCGCGUGUCAGGAGGAAGGACGACGGACGGCUGAUGCGACCUUCUGAGGCAAUAGGAUGUGUUCCAGGUUGUUCAGGAUAGCUACAGGCAAGGGACAAGCGGAGGGAAGAAAAGGGGACUCAAAUGGCUAUGUUUGGGUUGCGCCUCGAAACAAGGAGUCAUCCUCAUCAACCCCACUACGCGUGGGUUCAGGCUGCCGCCGCGAAGGAGGGAGGGAGAGCCGUGACGGCCGGAGGGGACGGCGUCUCGUCAAUCGCGAGGAACCUGUUGUGAAUACAAACUGCACAGAAUGACGAAGGUGAGUCGGGGGCAGCAAUGGGUUGGUAGGGAGACAGGGAGGAAACCCUCGCUGCCACCUGCAUCUGGUAGGCUUUCCACUGGUCCAGCGUCGAAAAUGGCGCAGGUCGAGGGCAGCGUGUCUGAGCAAUGCCAGUGGGAAGAGGGAUUCCAGGGCCAGUUUGAACCGGUGUCAUCCAGGGCGUGCAAAUAUUGUCCUGUCGGUUGGUUGAGGUGCAUGAGGUGCGGGCUGGUCGAUGGUGUUUUGCGAUGUGAAUGGACAAUAAAAUCCAAUCAGAUGCCCAACACGCGCCUCCCGUGAAUCCCUCGCAAUUCAAGGAGGGAAAAACUCGAACCACUGCAAACUUGAACUGCAGCGCAGGCUUAGAAGGCCGUGGCAGGCACCGCAGCCAGCGACACGCUUCAACACCCUCUCUUGUCGUCGACUUAUCUGCAAAGACUCCUAGGUAGUCAUCCUCUACCCUGCAACUCGGUCUCGGUUCCUCGUUGGCUCCAUGGUCGACUUCAGAAUCACUCGUGACUCUCAAGAGUCAAUCGACCGGUAGCCCACUCAGCCUCAAUGGACAUGAUGAUAAUCAGUGCGACGAGUUGUGGUGUCUGCAGAUACUGGCGAAGCUCGAUCCCCCCGUCUGCCGCCACUCAUCUUCCCCCCUGCUCCAGCCUUUCACUGUUAUACUCGGUGACGAAUCCGGGAUUCGGCUUCGGAUAGGGGAUGCAAGGUGAUACAACAGCUGGCCGCGUGGCUAGAGACCGGAGCACGCGGGGAGCCUACAUUCAGCAUGGCUGACUACCUCCAUUGUGAAGAGACGAGAGGGACCAAAGUCCCCAUUGUUUGCGUGUGGAAGUUGCUUACUUGCCCCUCCACCCAGUUAUCCAGCCAUGGCUCACCAUGGCGGAAAGUCGUCCCGUAUCUAACUAUGUAGGAAGAAUCCAGUUGUCUAUCAUCUAAUAGCUGAGCACGAACAUCAAUAGCCUGGCCGGUCCAUUUCUUUCUUGCGCCGCCGCUGUCACCGGCCGCUGUUCAAGCACAAUUCAAACUGUUUCCCACGACACGGCAAGGUUGCUCAACGAGUGUUCAGAUUGUAUUGCUGCUAAAGUCCCUUGAGGCAGCAAAGCACAGCCCACCCUUUUCAAGAUGAUCAAUCCCAAAAGCAUCAGUCGAGAUACUACGACCCAUGCACACCUUGACCACUGCACUGAAUGCAACCCAGCCUCGAGAGGGGCAAGGCAAAAAGAAAAAGGCGGAGAAGGAGAAGAAAGUUAUGGCGUCGAUGGGCGUAACCCUACUGCAGCAGCCUGGGCAGCCUUAGAGUCUAGCUGACCAGCUCGACUUCUGCAGCUAAUGCGAGGUCUGCCAGCAUGCUCCCUUCACUACGACGACCUGUCGCCCAUUCAUCGCUUUCAUCCGACCAGCCGUCAUGGUGGAUGAGCAAAAGGCAAACGAUAGGGUUUAGAAGUCGAACCCUGGGCUUCGGGUGAUUCUUCUUUUUGUCCCGAAAUCUCCCGCUGAAAAUGCUCAAACACCCCUGUUGUCACAAAAUACCAUCCCUGGAGCUGUCUGCCAAUCCAGCGGAAAGCCACUACAUCCUCUGUACCGGGGUUAGGCCGAGUAGGGUCAUGCCAUUCCAGAGCACCUGCCGGGCAGCCUCGUACAGAGCCAGCCGAGCCUUCUGCAGCUCGGGCUCGCUUCCCACAACCUGUAAGUGAUCAUAGCUUGAGCUCAACGCAUGCGCCAUCUUGAAGAGAUAGGUCAGCACGGUGGACGGCUCACGGGUUUUGAGUGUGUUGGUGACCACGUCGGGAUAUUGAGCUAGUGCUCGCACCAGAUUGAUCGCAUGCGGCUCUUUCAGCAACGAUAGGUCGGCAGAAUCCAGUUUGCUCAGGUCUACAUUUGCUUUCCGCUCGAUGGAACACAGUCGUGCAUGAGCAUACUGUAAGUAGGGGCCCGUGUCACCCUCAAAAGCCGUCAUCUGGUUGAUGUUGAAUUCAUAGCCGUUGCGAACCUUGCCCGUCAAAUCCUGUACCAUGAUGGCCGUGAUGGCAAGGAUGUCGGCCACGGCCUCUGGAUCCUCUAGCUGCUCGUAUUUCUUUUCGUUCUUCUUCAUCACUUCCAGCAUGACGUCCUUGACCGAAUUGAUCACAUCGUCCA